UUUUACGUUUGAUUGUUGGCAAUGUCCAUUAUCUUGUCUGCCUCAGUGGUCCGUGUGAGAGAUGGACUCCCUUUAUCUGCUUCUACCGAUUAUGAACAAAACACAGCCGUACAGGAAUGCCGAAAGUACUUUAAAGGUCUUGCAAAGAGACUCACUGAACUUCCAGACCGAUGCACCUUGCAAACAGGAAAGUAUAACAUAAACUUUAUUAGUUCCCUGGGAGUGAGUUACAUGAUGCUCUGCACCGAAAAUUACCCCAACGUCCUUGCCUUCUGCUUCCUGGAUGAGCUUCAAAAAGAGUUCAUUACCACAUACAACAUGAUGAAGACGAAUACAGCAGUCAGACCAUACUGUUUCAUUGAAUUUGAUAAUUUUAUUCAGAGGACCAAACAAAGAUACAACAAUCCACGAUCUCUGUCAACAAGGAUAAAUCUUGCUGACAUGCAAACAGAAAUUAGACUGAGACCACCUUAUCAGAUUUUGCUGUCAGAACUCUGUUCGACCAAUGGAUAUCCCUAUGGAUCUCUACAAGAAAACAAAGAUACAAGAAAAAUGUCUCCAGCCCCUCACCAACGACUGGAACCUGUGACACUACCGGGAAUUGUUUCCUUUCUUCUCAGCCUUUUAUGUGCUGCUUUGAAUUUAAUUCGUGGUUUUCAUGCUAUAGAGAGUCUUCUACAGGUACCCUAUCGUUUAACUAUGAUCCUUAUUUUUUCUUUGCAGUGCUAUCUGUUUGCGUACUGCAUGAGCUGGCGGAACAUUAAAUCUUUCCUAACGUUUGGCUUAAUCUGCUUGUGUAAUAUGUACCUUUAUGAAUUGCGCAAUCUCUGGCAGAUCUUUUUUCAUGUGACAGUGGGUGCUUUUUUAACGUUGCAAAUCCGGCUAAGGCAGCCACAAGGAAAAGCUCCUGAUUACAAUGUGUGACGGAUGUCCUCUGAUAGUUUCACGGCAAACUUCAUCCAAACAGUAUUCUUCUCAGGAAUGAAAAGCUUUGGUGUGCGAAGAGAAGUUCCAUGUACUCUGAGGCACUAAUAAGUCGGCAAUGAAAUUCUUCCUCAAAGAAUUUUUUUUUUAAAAAAAAACAAAGUUCGGGAACUAAUUGGGGUACAAAUGCAAUCCAAUGCUGGAGUAUAUACCCCAAGGAUAAAUGAGAAUUCGGAGGGCAGCAUGAAAAGCUCCAUUUUUCAGAACACUGACAACGACAAGAAUCUGUAUUGGACCUGCUCGGCAUAUUAAGUGAUUUCUUCAGUCCCAAACCAGUUUUGCCUUUGUGAGGCAAGAGAAAAGGCUGAAAUAAAGGGAUGGUAUUGCAUAUUAACAAACAGUUCGGUAUGAAUGAAUUCCUAAAUGCUAGAUUAUUGGAUUGCACAUAAAUUUAAUGGUGUGUGUCUGCAUUUUCCUUAAUUAAAACCUAACCCGGAAACCA